ACACCACCUUGUGCAAAAAGAUCGAGCGCGUGGUAUUUUAUGCCGCACGCUUUAUUUCGCCACUGGGAUUAAGUUUCGGCCUUUCUAGUUAACAAAUAAGUGUUCGACUAGGACCAAAGCUAGUGCAUCCGCGUCCAGGGACUCAAUUUCGAUGUCUGAGGGCAGUGACAGUGAAAAUGCAGCCGGAGCAGAGGCGUCGGCAGCGGCGGAGGCAGAGGCGGCGACCGAGGCAGCGCUGAUGGCAGAGGCAGUGGCAGUGGCGUACCAAAGCGAAGAUGAGGAAGCACCAGAGGCCGAUGAGGCAGAAGGUGGUCAGGAGGAGGAGGAGGAGCCGGCUGAAGGCGACCCCGAGCAGCAGGGCGAGGGGGAGCCAGAAGCUGAGGAAGAGAACGAUGCAAUGAGUGUGGAAAAUGAAAGCGACAGCGGGGGAAAUCCAGAGGAAACUGCGGCCGCCGAUCGCCGACAGGCCACCAAGAAAGAGCUAACCACGAUUAUCGACAAGUGGGAGCAACAGCAGACCCAGAAUGGCUACGAUCCAGUGCCCACCCUGAGAAGCCUGGCGGAAAUCUUUGAAAGGGAAAAGGAUGUGUAUCGGCGGAAGGAUCCGGACCCAUUAGACUCACGACAUCCCUACAGAGCCGAUCCUAGUUGCCAGUACGGAUUGUUGCUGAAAUUGCUUUUCCGCAAGGACACCUUUAUGGGCAAACUGCUCAACGAUUACCUGCGAGAGAAUUAUUUCAGUCGCCAGAACGUCAGCCGUAGUUCCUUGGAACUAAACAUCCUAGCCUGUCGGCUCAUCUUGGAGAUAAUGCCAGGUAUGGAGACCUCCGCAGUAUUUCAGACCGCCGAGGGCGACGGAACCAUCAAUCGCAUCUACUCCUGGGCGGAGGACAGCAUAGAACCACUUCAAAGCUACGCCACCGGACUUUUGGCCGAAGCCAUGGAAAUGAACGACAUUGCCGUUAAUUUCCGUGAUCAAAACAUGCGCUUAGUGCCCAAGAUGAUCAAGCGACUGCACAUGCUGCUGGCCAUCAGCAAAAGUGCCGCUCCGGAAGCCAAUACCUCGCUGCACAAUAACUCGGCGGAUAGCAGUACGGCUGGAAUGCUCAGCUGGGUUGCCUGCGCGAGCAAUGUUUCUGCUCCUCAGUCGCCGCAGCACAAUGGCAGUGGCCUGGGCGCCAGUUCUUCGCAGCAUGGCGACGCCUCCAAUAUGUCUAUUCUGUUCGAGAACAGUCGGGACGCCUUUCCCGUGUCCCGCUACUACAAACGAAUGUACAUCCCACUACAUCCGCCCACGGCCGACACCAGCCAAAUGUUAAUCAUGCGCUUCCUAACCAGCCUGGGUGAAUACCAGGAGUUCCUCGCCAUGGCCUUCGAAAACAAUGUGAUGCAGCUGAUAUUCGGUUACCUCGAGAACUUAGAUCGAAGGGACACUUGCCUGGCAUAUGAGGUUUUGAAGUAUCUGGCUUCUCUUCUUUGCCACAAAAAGUUUGCUUUGGAGUUUAUAUCGCACGGCGGACUGGAGCUUUUGUUGAAAGUUCCACGACCCAGUUUGGCCACCACAGGUGUCUCCAUCGCUAUUUACUACCUAGCGUACUGCGAGGACGCUAUGGAGCGCAUUUGCAGUAUGCAACGUCCGCUGAUUUCGGAGCUCGUCCGCUAUGCACUGUGGAUCUUGGGUCGAUGUCAUGACUCCUCCAAAUGCCAUGCCACCAUGUUCUUUAGUUUGAGCUUCCAGUUUAAGGUUAUAUUAGAGGAGUUUGAUGCCCAGGAUGGCUUAAGAAAGCUCUACAAUGUGAUUUCCGUGCUGAAGAUCCUUGAUCCGAGCCACAACGAUAGCGACAACGACUCUGAUAUUAACGAAGACGUAGAGUGUGCUUCCCGACAAAUGGUACGCCACGUCUGCGUGGCUCUUAAGCGGUACAUGGAAGCGCAUUUCUUCUACAAGUACAACAGCUUCCUGUGCCAGCACAACGCGGCAUCCUCGUCGCCCUCGUCGACCCACUACUUUAACCAGAAUCCCACGGUGGCCGCCAAGCUAACCUUUGACCAGUUGCACGAUCAGAUUCGCACGCUCCAGGAGCAUACUUCCAUCCGGGCUCACUGGCAACCGGUGGAUCAGUUAAUGAAACUUGGCGGUAUUACCAUGCUCCUUAGGAUCAUAGCCUUUAGCUACGAUUGGGUGAACAGUGGACGCUCUGAGACGGUGCGCUCGGCUCUGGAUGUCCUCAGUGUUUGCUGCAUUAUUCCACGAGUUUAUGUGGUGCUCUGCGAACGUCUGCUGAUGUUGGACAAGACCACCACUUCGGGAUUCUGCUCGGUUCUGGGAGCUGCCGCAGGAGAGAUCACCUCGGAUGCGGAGGUAAUCAAGUCGGCGCUGGCAGUGCUCUGCCACUGCGUCUGUUCACCAAUCAUUCGCAAAGACAGCGGUAACAGCCUGAUUAAGUUCGGCAAUUCCUCGAGGAAGAACAAAGCCAACCACAAGUACGCUGAGGAGCUGAUUGAACGCGUCUGGGAGUCGGUUUGCAGCAACAAUGGCAUCGUAGUUCUGCUCUCGCUGAUGCAGACCAAAGGACCAAUUACGGAUGCGGACUGUAUCCGAGGAAUGGCCUGUCGUGCCCUCGCCGGACUGGCUCGAUCGGAUCGAGUCAGACAGAUUGUCAGCAAGCUUCCCCUCUUCGCCAGCGGUCAACUCCAGACACUGAUGCGGGAUCCCAUAUUGCAGGAGAAGCGAGCCGAACAUGUUAUCUUCCAGAAGUACGCUUUAGAACUACUCGAACGAGUGUCGGGUAAGACUAAACCGCUAAAAAAUCCGCUGGAUCCGUCUCUCUCCAACAUGCACAAAGCCAAUGUGAUUGCCCAGACGCGCAUACAGUACAACAAGCAGCAGCUGUACCAGCUCAUCUUCGAGCACCUGGAGAGCAAUGGUCUUUCGCAGACGGCCCAAAUGCUGCAACGCGAGGUGGGCCUUCCGCUGCAAACGCCCACCACGCGCAGCUUCCAUCAGUCACCCUUUGACUACAAAACACUUCCCAGUGGCAGUGGCUCGCUGUCCAGGAAUCGCGUGCGGAGCCGCAUGCAGGAUGUAAGUGCAGCGAUAAUGGGCAGCGGAGACCUUAACAGAAGCUUCGGCGAGGACUCAUCGCCGGCCGGAGGAGCAAGCGGCAGCAACGCAGCAGAGGGAGUCAGCAUACCCAACUUUGGCUCUCUUAACACGACUCAGACGCCCAUAAAAAUCAGGAGGACGGAGAGGAGUUCUGUGAGUCGCUCGAUCCAGAAGCCAACGAUCGAAUCGGGAGGCAUGGCCGUGGCUCAGCAGGAUGAUGGCCAACUGCACCCAAAGAGGAUCACCCUGAACACCAUCGUCACGGAAUACCUGACCAACCAACACUCGCUGUGCAACAAUCCGGUGACCACCUGCCCGCAGUUUGACUUGUACGAACCGCACAAGUGUCCGGAUCCAAAGCCCAGUCGUCUCCUUAGCUCCAACUACAAUCUGACCAGCAGGCAUGCACGCACUCAAGCGGGAUUCAAUACUGGACGCUUUGACCGUCGCUAUGUCCACACGCACUUUUCGCCAUGGCGAAGCAUUCGGUCGGCGGACUACGAGGAUCUCGAGUUCACCUGCUGCGAUUUGGUCGGCAAGUACAUAAUCGUGGGCACGCAACAAGGCGACGGACGAGUGUUCAACAUGAACGACGGCGUCGAGCAAUUCUUCUCCAACUGCCACAACUUCAGCGUUGAUGCCAUCAAAGCGAACCGAGCUGGGGAUCUGGUCAUCACAUCGAGCUUCUGGCGUACGCCAACCAGCAUUCUGUGGUCCAUUGCGGACGAUGAGUUCAAGUUAAAGCUGCGUCUUCCCGAUUGCACCUACUGUGAGUUUAGUCAGACGGCGCAGGAUCGCCUCCUGGGCACACAAAAUGAGUGCGCGACGCUCUUUGACAUUAACGCCGGUUCCCCGAUCGCCACUUUUACGCCAACCAUACCCAAUCUCUACACCAAAAAUCGAGCUACUCUUUGCCGAACCGAUGAGCUGAUUUUGUCGGAUGGCGUUCUGUGGGAUGUGCGUUCCGGCAAGGAGAUCCACAAGUUUGACAAGUUCAAUCAGUGCAUUUCGGGUGUUUUUCACCCAAAUUGUCUGGAGAUCAUAGCCAACACGGAGGUGUGGGACCUGCGCACCUUCCACUUGCUGCAGACAGUGCCAGUGUUGGAUCAGCGAAACCUCACCUUCUCGCCGAUGCACGUGAUUUACGGGGCUAGCUUGGGUGCGGAUAGGGACCACGACAUGGAGACGACCACGUACGACACCAGCUUCAACGUGCUGGACGCCUACGACUACUCGAGCAUUGCCACCAUUGACGUGAAGCGCAACAUCAACGAUUUGAGUGUCAGUGCCAAUGGCAGCCUGAUUGCAGUGGUCGAGGACUACAGCGGCUACGAGUCGAAGCAGGAGACCUAUGUGAAGAUCUACGCGGUGGGCGUGAAGAAGAGCGAGCGCUCGGAAGAGGAAGAUGAUGAGGAGGUGCCCGAAUCUGAUGAGGACGGUUCGGAUACGGGCUCCGAGAACACAUUUUCUCUAGGUCCGAAUUUCAUGGGUUUCCCGAAUUUCAUGCGCAACCUGAACGGCUCGGAUAACGAUGAUGACGGGGACCUCGAAGAGGAGGACGAUGAUGGGGAUCUGCUCGACUCCGAUGAUGACAUGGACGACGAUGACGGGAGCGACAUUGGCGAUGUCGGGGGUGACUUUGAUGUGUUUGAUUUAUACGAUCAAGGCAGCUCAGACGAUUGAGCCCACUACUCCUCAUCCACACCACCAACACAACUGCUCCUCCACCGAUCCACUGUUCCAUUGUUCUCCCACUGUCUCGUCUUGUGUCUUUCGGUCCUCAAUGUUGUCCGCAGCGCGCACACAGGAAAGAGAUCAGCAGUCGUCGAUAGUUUUAGUGAACCUACAUAAUAAGUCUGUUACAUUUAAAGUUUAAAUUGUUAUUUUUGAAUUUUGUACAAAACAAAUACGAAGGCCGCACCAAUGCAUUGUAGUAAGAAAAAAUGUAUUAAAGGGAUCGUAUGAUGAGUACCGACUGUGAAAAUCAAAUCUGUAAAUUGUCCAACAAUUUCCUCUGUACAAACCUAAAAAAGAAUUGUAUACUUUUGCUAAAGAAAAUAAAAGAAAUUGUUAAAAUCA